AUGGACGAAGGUGACAUCGCCGUGAUUGAUCAAAAACUUUUUACUGGAAAAACCGGAACCCCAAAAUUCACUGACCUAGAAGCCAUAAUAUCUAAUACAUUAAUGCUUGAAAAUUCGAUUAACCUCAAAUUUCAAGCAGUAAAUCGAAGACUCAAUAGCGCAACCGAAGCCAUUACCACUAUUUCCGACGAUCUUAAUAUCGGACUCCAUACCUUGGCCAAAAGAAUUGAUGAUAUGCCCCAAUUUACCUAUUCGACCCCUAAGCCGAACAUUCAACCCAGAAUAACCCUGAACCGUGAAGACCAAAAUUUAAAUGUUGUAGGAUCCUCGAUCCAACAACAAAGCUCCACUUUAAAAUCAAUCCAUACUGAUGACAAUAACAUACAAGAUUCUGACCCUGAAGAUGAAAAUAUUAAUAAUAAUAUUGGCACCAUAGCAGGACUAACAUUUGAUUACAAUAUUCCCAACUCUCAUGGCCCAAUACCUAUUUAUUCAGGGGAAUCAAGCGGCACUUUUUCCUCCUGGGCGCAAAAAUUCCUGGAUUAUAUUGAAGGCACUGCCCAGAAACUCGAUGAACCUUCAAAAAUAGGGCGCCUUAAAAUGUUUUUAGAUGGGAUUCCCAGACAAGUACUUGAAGAAUUACCCCCUGAAGAUAAGAACACCCUGACCAAGGCUAUUGAAUCCCUGAAACGAUCCUUAGAUACCCCGAUCCGCGCUCAGCUCGCAAAACAAUCCCUGUCUCUGUGCCGCCAAAAAGAAGAUGAGUCAAUAGAUCGAUUUGUUGACCGUCUUGUACCUUUAAUAUUUGCUGCGUAUCCCGAACAAAACCCACAAUCUAGGAAAGAUAUACUAAAGGCCGCCUUCCUAGAUAAAAUCAAGGAAGAAAUAGCAUUUUACGUUAGAGUCGGAAUCACACCCCAACAAUCCUUCGAGGAAGUACGAAUAAAAGCUCUAGAAGUUGAAAACCUUAUACAGACCCGAAAACGUAAACAUGAAAAUGAGGAAUGGCUCAGCGCCUUAUCUCAAAUAAACCAACAGGCCCCACCUAGAUUCCCAAGUGGAAAUUUUUCCACAUGGCAAAAUGACACUAACCAGAAUAGAAAAACAGUAGGAUUUUCGGAUGCAGUAAACAGAAAUUAUAGCCCAUCAUUCAGAAACUCAAAUUACUCAGGACCCCAAGGACAACCCAGAAACAAUAAUUUUUCGUAUAGAAAUUAUUUUAAUCAAAAUACCCCUAGAGGAAAUACUCAACCCAACUCCCUUGCACGAAACUUUAAUCAACCAAGGAACUUUAACCAAUCCUUUGGGCGUCAACCAAACAUGAAUAACAUUAAGAUUUGUAAUUAUUGUCACAAGGCAGGACACUUAAUUUCUGAAUGUUAUACAAGAUCAAGAAAUUAUGGCCCUUACCAGAACACAAUUCGUGCCCACAACCCAAAUUUUCAACAACCAUUCCGUAACGCUUCAUACCCCAGAAACCAAAAUAAUUACCCAUCUCAAUAUAACACAAGACGUAUAAAUACUUUAGACGUUGAUGACCUAUCUAAUAAUUUUAACAACCUUGACAUUAACAUCGGCCCACACAAUAUAAAAACCCUUUCAAUUAACGAACCUGAAAUAAACCCAAAACUUUUAAGCCCAAAAGAGCAACAAGGCAAUUUAAAUAAACCUGAAGACAAGAUUAAACGCCCAAGCGAAAUUGAAAAAUGGGAACCUCCUCUAAAUAGAUCCAAUUACUCUAUUGCACCAUUCAUAACGCGCUUAUCCACAAUAUUUCUUCUAAUUUUAAUUAUUCCCGGAUACUUUGCUUAUCCACAAACAAUGGUUAAUUUAAAUUACAAACCCAAUAGUCCAAUGGUCUGUCAAACAGAACAACGUGGUGAAUACUGGUCUUUACCUGAAUUUGCCCCAUGCCCUCGAAUAAAACCCAACUUGACUGGAUCUCCCGUACCUCAAAAUAUUAGAUUAUAUCGUCUUAACGCCUUCAAGCAAAAUAACCAAGCCUGGGCCUGUAGAAUUAUUAGGAAACAAGAAAAUGAACAAACGUUGUGA